GAGGGGAGGCUGGAGGACCGAAUGGCAGCUUUUACGCAGAGGGCAGUCUCACCUGCUGAAACGCGCUCCUUCGCGCGCACCUCCAAUUAAUCCGGGAGCUUGGUGGUGGUUUCCCCGCCGCUCUUCUUCGUGUUCGCGUCGCUUCCUUUUGUUUUGGCGCGCGGAGCUUGUUGCGUCGUGCCCCCCCUGCAUGGAUCGUCUCUGCCAGAGGCGAACAAAGCGCAUCGAGAGAGCGGCUGCUUCUCACAAGCCCGGAUUUGUUGUCUGCAAGUCAACUUCUCUGGAUCAUCGUUUGGCAUCUUCCGCGCCGGCUCGUUUCACGAGGAGAGCACGCGCUUGACGAUGGACGGGCUGAGGUUGGUCUUGGCCGGACGGCUUUUAAUUUAGGGAACAUCCGAACCCACUCCUGGAGAACAAACACAAUGGCAUGAUUUGGACAGCACCGGCUCUUGGUUACCUCUGGGAGUUGACUGAAUCCAAACAAACCGCUGCAGCAGACAGACAAAUAUUUCACCUCCGUGAAAAACGCACUCUCAGAACACCCAGCGACGCGCGCAUCCUCAGCCAUGGAGCACACCGGGAUCGAGGAGGUGAGCCAGACUCACCAGCAGCAGCACGAGCCCAUCAGCUUCGGGAUCGACCAGAUCCUCAACAGCUCGGACCAGUCCAGCGGCUGCAUGCUGCCCAACCGGACCAGCGCGGACCCGGAUUACGCGCUGGCCUCCAACGUGUACAGCAACGGCUACAACAGCGUCUACAACCCGGCCUGCUCCAUGGCGGCGGCCGCGGCGGGCUUGGCGGGCUCCUACAACGUCAACAUGAACAUGAACGUGAGCAUGAACAUGAACAUGAACGUGAAUGUGAACUCGGGGAACUCCAGCGGCGUGAUUCGGGUGCCCGCGCACAGACCCAUGCCGCCGCCGCCGCCGCCCGCCGCCGCGCCUCACCCGCCCCCUCCGACGCAUCCUCCGGGUAUCGGACCCGGGAUCCCCUCGGUGGCCGGGAUGGGGAUGGGGAACCCGGCCAACUUCACCUUUCCGUGGAUGGAGAGCAGCAGGAGGUUUGCAAAGGACAGACUGACAGGGGAGGAGGCAGAGGAGAGCCGAGCUGGGGAGGCCACAGGGGGGCCGGAGGCCGCCGGGUCCCUCUGUCCUCUCCCCAAAGGAGACAUCGGCAGGGUCCCUGUCUGGAGCACGGUGGAGACAUUAGCCAAAUGCUAUUACCCAGAGCUCGCUCACCUGCGAGACAGCAGUGGGCUCCUGGCAGAUUAUCCUUUUCCAAAGGGGGCUUGUCCAGCUGCCCUCUCACCCUUCUCUGUGACCCGUCGGAUCGGCCACCCGUACCAGAACCGGACGCCUCCCAAACGGAAAAAGCCUCGCACCUCCUUCAGCCGGGUGCAGAUCUGCGAGCUGGAGAAGCGCUUCCAUCGGCAGAAGUACCUGGCGUCGGCCGAGCGAGCCACGCUGGCCAAGGCCCUGAAGAUGACGGACGCACAAGUCAAGACCUGGUUUCAGAACAGGCGGACAAAAUGGCGGCGACAGACUGCAGAGGAGCGAGAGGCUGAGAGGCAGCAGGCCAACCGGCUGAUGCUGCAGCUUCAGCAGGAAGCUUUCCAGAAGACGUUGAGCCAGCCGCUGCAGCCGGACCCCCUCUGCCUGCACAACUCCUCCCUCUACGCCCUGCAGAACCUGCAGCCGUGGGCAGAAGACAAUAAGGUGACCUCCGUCACCUCCGUGGCAUCUGUAGUGUGA